UACAGCGCGAUACGGCGCGUCAACGUCAAGUGAAAUCAAAUAUAACGGACUUGUAAUUUUAAGUGUAGCUUUUAUUUUCAGUGGUCUAGUUAUAUCAAAACAAAAUGAGUAUAAUCGAGCAAAAUUGGUGCACAGAACUUAACCUGAAUAAUAUAGAAGAAAAAUGUUAUCAGGAAUUUGAGGCUAAAGUGGAAAGUUUAAAUGAACACUUAAUAAAUAUAAUAGAAAACGGUUUUAAAGACAAGAAGAAAUACAAUAGCAACAACAAUGUACUCCAAAAUAACGAUGAAGAAUUGAAAGCAUUAAUAGAGCAAAAUAAGCAGCUGCGCCACUCCAUCGAUAUAAAACUGAAUGAACUGUCACAACAGAAGAAUCAGUAUGAAAAUUACAAAAAAGAUCAGAAACUGUUGUCUCAAGAAAUCAAAGAAACUCAUGAAGCAUUUCUUAUGGCCAAAAAAUACUACAAAAAGUUUCUGAAAAUCUAUUACACCAUAGAAGCAAAAAGUGAGGGAUCCCAAACUAUAUUUGUACAGUUUUUUACUGAAGCCAAAAAGGAAUCUGAAAAUUAUUCAGUUCGUCUAGUGAGAAACACAAACACAGGAUGCUAUCAAUUAUCCAGUGCUAUACCAAAACUGAAGGUUUUUGAGGAAGUGAGCAAAAAAUUGCUUGAAACAAAUGAUGUACCUGGAGCACUCUGUAGCAUAAGACAAGCAUUUUUAAAAAGUAAAAUGUACAAGAAAUAAUGCUUCAUUUGAAGAUGGGUCAGGUAGCAGGAAGUACUGAAGUGUUCAAGGUGUGCUUUUCUUUCGUAUGAAUGUUAAAGAUCAGAAUGUUAUACCCAAUAUUACUCGAAGUAAACUUAGAUUUUGUUCAAAUCCGUCAGUUCAAUACAUCAAAUAUUUUUUGCAACUACUUACUAUGUAAUGCUAGUUAGGGGACUAAGCCACAUUCUGCAACUACUUUGACUCUUAGUAGUACGUAUUUCUUGACUAUCUCUGAAUUUGAUUCAAAUACCGUAGUCGUAGUCUCAAAUAAUCCGAAAGCCUCGUUAGUUCACUCAUAACUGACCACUUUGGUUAUGCUCACCAUAUGCAUUUGCCCGAGAAGAAGGCGCCUGACCUACCUGCAUAAUGACAUUUCAUAUUUCCUAAUUCUGUGACUGUAAUGUCUAAGUCGUAUGAGUAUAAUUUAAAAACCGCAAUGUUUAUUACUAUAUGGAUUCAGAAAUUAAGAUCAUCAAGUAAAAUAUAUUUUUAUUAACCAUAUAAAAUACAUUUUUAAUAUAAAAUUAAUUUGUAACAAAAAUAAAUACAAUUCCAUGUUUGAGGUAAGUAUUACAUACAGUGGAUUUCUUUACCCUAUAUAUCAGCCGAUGUGCGAUUAGAGAUAGAAUUUUGACAUAAGCUCUAUAUGAAAUCUGACAAAUUUAGAUCUCUAAUCAAAAAACAACGGAUAGAUUGGUUAAAGAAAACCGCAGCAAGGCUACACAUCCACAUCUUUUUUACAACUAGAUAAUUUGAUAAGAUGAAACAUUGAUGUUAUUUCUGACAAUGCGAUGACUGAUAAAAAUGAACAUGUAGCCACAUAUGAGUAAUACAUAAGUAUUAUCAUUAGUUUUCUAUAUAGAAUGCUGAUGAAUGCAAUCGCUUGCAAAAACAUUCAUUAUUUAUGUCGAAGCCAUAUCGUACAUUUUGUCAAUUCAUGAAAUGCGCGAUAUUUUCGUCAAAGGUUGCUUUCACGGCACACCAAGUCGGAUACAGUUGGUUUAAGUUACAAAUUUUUAUUUUAAACCAGCCAAAAAAAAAACUGCGCAACAUUUCGUGAAGUGGGCGAAAGUACUUAUAACGAAUUAAAAAUUUGCCUGAAGUACACAUUCUAUACAAUGUUUUUGCAAAUGACAUGUAAGUAAUUACAAAUUGGUAAUCAAAUUUUGAAAUUUAACAGCUUACUCAAUAAAUGACGAGUGGAAAUAUUC